AGCCAAAGGAAGGUAAUUCCCCAAAUAAAUAUAUUGUGUGUGUCUGAGAGAUUGUCAAAUGUAUAAACUGACGCUGCAGCAGUUUAUAUCUGUUUGUCUCUGGGUUGAAUUGUUUUAUUUUCCUGUCUCUCGGUUCCCGGUUGAUUGAAAGGGGAAUAAUAAAGCGAGCAGACAGAGAGAGAGGAGGAUGUUGUGCUGGGGGGAGUUGACCUCAGGGAGCGGACAGAAUCCCUGCUCUCAGUCAGAGGAGAUUCUGAAAGGAGAGAGGGUUCAGCAUGUUUGCAGCCGGGAAGGAGUCACUGUGUUUGUGUUGGAAAACGGGAAAGUUUAUACCAGAGCCCGCGGCCAGAACCAAAAAUCAAAAUCAGGCCAAUUUCCUAACUUCAAGGAUCAGAAAAUCCACUUUGCUGACAGUGGAACAUCCCACAUCCUAUUCCUUUCUAAAGGAGGAAGUCUUUUUCAAAGUAAAGUUAAGUCAUGGGAAACAGGAGCUCAAACAAGAACAUUCUCCAUUAUGAAACCACAGUUACUUAAGGAUUUGAAUGGAAGAAAAAUAAUUCAAAUGGCCUGUGGAAACAAUCAUUCACUGGCAUUGACCAAAGACGGCCAACUCUUUACCUGGGGCCAGAACACUUAUGGCCAGCUCGGUCUUGGUACAAAGGAUGCUUGCCGGAACAUUCCUGAGUUGAUGUUAUCCCUUCCUGGGAUGCCAGUGGCUCAGAUUACUGCGGGAGGAGAAUACAGCUUCGCCCUGUCUCUCUCUGGGAUGGUGUUUGGAUGGGGGAGAAAUAAUCAUGGACAGCUGGGACUCAAGGACACAGAGGAUAGGUAUGUACCCAACCACGUGAAGCUGUUGGAGCUUAAGAGGAUCAUUUAUAUCUCUUGUGGAGAAGAGCACACUGCUGUCCUGACAAAGGAUGGACUUGUUUUCACCUUUGGAGCUGGGAGUUAUGGGCAGCUGGGACACAACUCUACAGAGGAUGAGACCAAACCUCACCUACUUGGUUACCUGUUUGGCAAGAAAGUUUCUCAAAUAGCAUGUGGGAGCUUUCACACACUUGCCUUUGUUCCAUCAAUUGGCAAGAUCUUCUCUUUUGGUCGUGGGGAGAAAGGACAGUUGGGAAACAGAGGGACCAAAGAUCAGUUACUGCCUCUUCCCAUCAACAUAACGGACAUGUCUGGGAAAUGCACAACCGCAAACGGCCAUACAACCGAACCAGUUAUCAAAAGAAUUUUUGCAGGAGGAAACCAAAGCUUUGCAGUGUGCAAUGAUGAAGUGGAUUUGGUGUCCAAAAUGGAUCACUCUUCACACAUAACUUUGAAGAGAAUCAUCACAGUGGACAAUUUCCUGGAAAAGCAAUUGUGUAAAGAAAGAAGAAAGGCAAUCUCAGAGGCAUUUUCUUGUUCUCAAACUCUAAGUGGAAGUUUCCUGGAAGUCAGGAAUGAUGGCCAUUUCAAAACAAAUAGAGAGAUGUCUGGUCUUGAUCUAUCUGCAGUGUCUAGGGGCUUCGAGAAUUUGGCAAAAAGCUGCUCACUGUUACAGAAGGUGAAGAAUGUAGUCCAGCAUCACCUGAUCCCAUCGUUACCUCGAUCUCCAACCUGUGUGGAAACAUUGCGAGUUUACAUUAUAAUACCAGAACUCAUUGCUGUCCUGGGAGAGUUAGGGGAUUCAGCAACGCUGCUCGAAUCUUUAAGCAGAGCCAUUCUCUCACUUGAAGAAGAGUAUUUUAAAAUUCUUGAAUGCUGGUGGAGGACAAUACCUGAUGAUUUUUUCAUGCGCCUUGUGACAAUAUAUCAAAGAGAAUCAAAUCAAUUUCAUCUACUGGCUCUGGCGAAGGCCUCAAAAUACGACACCAGACUACAUGAUUCAUUAAAAAUUUUACAAGCACUUUUCAAGGUAAACUUGAGUAGAUAUGCAAAGAUCCCGGAUGGAAACUUUUGCAUUCCUGUAAUGGAAAAUUUGAGGCACUCUUUUAUGUUAAUGAAUGGCUAUGCAUGUUCAGAAUUGAAGAUUCAGCAAUAUUUCUCAGCAUUUCUUGGAAUACAACGGCAAUUAUUUGCAUAUCCUUGCAUCUUUGAUAUGGAAACGAAGCUGCAAGCAUUGAAUUUGGAAUUCAUGCUAUUGGCAAACCCAAAAGAACCGAUCCAUCUGCAGGUUUCAAGGAAAGCGAUUCUGCAGAGUGCGCUGAAAGGCAUAAAGUCAAUCAGAUCAGCUGCUUAUUGUGCAGUACUUGAGGUUGUAUUUGAGGGUGAAUCAUGUUAUGGCAAAGGGGUAACGCAGGAAUUCUUCACCCUUCUUAGUCGGGAACUAUAUGGCAGCAGAGGGAUAUUUCAACGCUCCGAAGAUUCUGGACUGCUUUGGUUUUCCAAUGAGGAACCAGAAAUGGAUCUUGCAUUUCAUCUGAUGGGAAUUCUCUGUGGAUUUGCUGUAUCCAAUUGUUUAAUCUGCAAUUUCAACUUCCCAUUGGCUUUAUACAAAAAGUUGCUCCACGUGCCACCAGGUUUGGAGGAUCUGAAGGAACUCUCACCAACAGAAGGAAAUUCACUCCAAGAGGUCCUUGAUUAUGAGCAUGAUGAUAUUGAAGAAAUGCUGUGCCUGGAUUUUACUGUGUCUGAGGAAACAACUGAAGGAAAUAGAGUUCUACAGGAACUCAUUCCUGAUGGCAUCAAUACCCCUGUUCAAAAGCAUAAUCGGAAACAGUAUGUUGAUGCAUACGUGGAUUAUAAGCUGAACAUAUCCGUGAAGAAACACUUUGAAGCCUUUUCACAAGGUUUCAGGAAGUCAGCACUGCCGGUGGUGGACAUAUUCUUCCCUGGAGAACUGAGGAAUGUUAUUCAGGGGAACACUGGAUAUGAGUGGGAGCUGCUGGAACAGAAUGCAAGAUAUGCGGGAUAUACACAAACUGACAAAACAGUCAGGAACUUUUGGAAAGUCUUUGAACAGCUACCAAAAGAGAAGAAAUUACAAUUUCUUGCCUUUCUGUCUGGAAGUGAAAGAAUCCCAGCGGGCGGGUUUCAGAAUUUUUCCAUUACGAUUCUGAACACCAAGAAAGAGACGCCAGAUUCCUCAUACCCUUGUGCUUACACCUGUGGCAGGAUCCUCGACCUUCCCAACUAUAGCUGCAUCGAAAUAUUGGCAGAGAAGUUACUUCAUGCAAUGGAAUACGGUGAAGAAUUCAAUGCACAAGAACUGUAACAUUUGCAGUGAGAGAUCUGCAUCUGAGAAAUGCCGGAGUGAUUGACCAAGAAAACAUGACUGAUUUAUAUCUUAAAAGUUGCAUUAGAGCAUUUGUUUCAUUGCAACACAGAAAACACCUGGAUGUGGUAUUGCAAUAGUUUAACCCUCUAUGAUAAAAUUGAGACAUUUGUUACAUUUUCAUUCAUUCACAAAACAUGGCGACUGAUGUUAACAUCAACAUUCAUUUCCUGAAAGAGUCAGUCAUAUUGCUGUGAAUCUGGGGCCAUAUAUUGUUCAGACCCAGUAAGGACAGCAGUUAUAAGUGAACCUGAUGGACUAUCAGAAUGACCCACUAUUUGCACUUUUUCUCCUCCAGGUUUAGCUUCUAGAACUUAUAUUCUCAAGUGGUAAUAAUCAGAUUUUAACUUGUAUCCCUGGAGACCCAUUCAGUCCUGUUGGGUAACUAGUCCAAUCAUAUAAACGUGAUGCUGCUGUAAUCUCUGUAUGAUAGGUAUUGCACCUUACUGUGGGGAUUUUAAAAAAAAAUCAGUAUUCAUUUCUGGGAUGUGGGUGCCACCAUAUUGCCCAUCCCUAAUUGCUUUUGGAAAGGUGGUGGAGUUACUGUCUUAAACUGCUCCAGUCCUUGAAGUUUAGGUCCAGUUAUGCAAGGGAGUGCUGUUGUGCAAGGGAGUUCUGGGAUUUAGACCCAGUGACAGUGAAGAAAUGACAGUAUAGUUCUAAGUCAGGAUAGUGUGUGGCUUAGAGGGGAACUUUCUGGCAGUGAUGUUCCCAUGCAUCUGCUCCCUUGUCUUUCUAAAUGAUAACAGUUGUAGGUCUGCAAGAUGAUUUUGAAGGAAUCCCGGUGAGUUACUGCAGUAAAUCUUGCAGAUUUGUGCCAAUCAAUUUCUCAUUAAUGGUGCCAAACUUCUUGUAGUGAUGGAGUUGCAUCCAUUCAGGCAUUUGGAGAAUACUCCAUCACAUUCCUGAUUCGUGCCUUGUAGAUGGUGGUCAGACUUAGGGGAGACUGAAGGUUAGUUAUAUGCUUAGCUCAUUGGAACCCAAACAAAUGUCAGAGGUAGUAUUACAUGAACUUGGGAGGUAAGGAUUGAGAAGAUUUUGUUACUGUUAUUGGUUUGAACAAGUUUUAGUCUUAGCCACAUUUUGAAAAAAAACUUUUGAUAUUUAUCUUAAUGACUGGAGCAAACUUAUAAGCUUUUCAUCAAAAUUUAAUGAGCUUGCUGUUAUUUCAAAGUAUAUGUAAUGUCAUGCCACAUAGAAUUACAUUGGCUUGUUUCUGUGCUCCAUAUUCAUUCAGACCAACCAAUCUAUGCCAACAUUUAUGCUCUACUCAUCUACUCUCAUCCUUCCUCAUCAAAUGGAACCAGCAUGAUCUUUUAUACCUGGUGCCCUCAUACACUUACCUCACUCCCACUUGAACAUUAACAUGCUAUUUGUCUCAACUACUCAGUAUGGUAGAGUUUCAGAUUCUCGCUACUCUUCCAUGGAAGAAGUUUCUUCUGAAUUCUCCAUUUGAUUUAAUUAUCCUGUACUAAUUUCCCCAACUUCUCUCUUUGCAUUCUCUCUGUGCUUACCCUUAUCAAAAUCUCGAUGAGACUAUCAACAGAACAUUCACCAAUAUUUGCUUUACGACAAAAAAAUCCAGUCAUUCAUUGUUCACCAUUACGUAUAAGCUCACACUUCUAGAAUGAAGAAACCAAAACAGUGCACUUUGUCUUACAGUUGAUGCACUUUGUAAAAUAUUAAUUAUUUCAAUGUGUAAACAGCUAUUCAAGCUUUAUUUUGAUAUUUAUAAAGAAAUGAUUGAA